AUGGCCUGCUGUGUCCCCCGCGGCUGCAGUGUCCCAUCCGGCCCUGCCACCACCAUCUGCUCCUCAGACAAGUCCUGCCACUGCGGGGUCUGCCUGCCCAGCACCUGCCCACACGAGAUCAGCCUCCUGGGCCCCACCUGCUGUGACCCCUGCCCCCCACCCUGCUGCCAGCCGGAAGUCUACGUGCCCACCUGCUGGCUGCUCAGCACCUCCCACCCAACUCCCGGCCUCAGCGGCAUCAACUUAACCACCUUUGUUCAGCCGGGCUGUCAGAAUCCCUGCGAGCCCUGCUGCUAA